UCACCUCUGGGAUCGUGUUGCUGCUCUUAAUCUGCAAAUUAUCUUCCAUUUGGUCAUUGCUCCCAGGGAGGUCUCAUCUCAGCUCAGUUCAGCAUGGAGGUUCUGAUUUCAGCAGCUGCGGGCGAUCUUGUCAGCAGGUUCAUCUCUUUCAUGGCUCAAAGUUAUGGCACCCACACAUGCGAGGAGGAGGAUCGUACAAGGCUGGAACGCAUCUUGCUGAGGAUGCACAGCGUUGUUGAAGAAGCAGAGGGGCGGCACAUCACAAAUCGAGGGAUGCUCCGGCAGCUGAAGGCGCUCAUCGAGGGUAUGUAUCUUGGGUACUACAUGCUGGACAGGCUCAGGGUCCAGUCUCUUGGAGAAGAGAGCAUCGAAGAUGACGAGGUGAGUCAUCGGAGCCAAUCUUUUGCCGUUUCUACUUUUAAUACCGCCAAGCGCCUUCGCUUUGCUGCUUCUAUAUCAAAGAACACACCAGUAGCAUUUGGGACCGGGAGCACAACAAAGUUGAAAAGUGUUGUUGAAAGUUUGGAGGCUCAUACUGCAGAUAUGAGAGAGUUUGUGAUGCUCCUUGGCAGCUGCCCUCGCCUGUCUCGCCAGCCAUAUGAUACGUAUCUACACAUGGAUAAGUGCAUGUUUGGUCGCCACAUCGAGAAAGAGCAACUCUUCAACUUCUUACUAUCCGGUGUUGAUAGUCAUGAUGGAACAAAUUUCAGCAUCCUUCCGAUCAUCGGCCCGUGCAGAGUCGGAAAGAAAACUCUGGUGCAACAUGCUUGCAGGGAUGAGAGGGUGCGGGGUCGUUUCUCCGACAUGUUUUUCUAUAAAGGCGAUGACCCGCAUAUUGGAGAAUUUGCGGUCAACUGCAAGGCAGGCUCGGGGAAGUACUUAUUUGUUGUUGAUUUCAGUUGGGAUGUGAAUGCGGCAGCAUGGGAAAACUUCCGAUCAUGUCUGCAGAAGAUGCCAGGUGCUGGGAGUAAAAUUGUAGUGAUAGGCAGAACAGAUCAAGUUGCUGAAAUGGGAACUGCCCAACCCAUCAGGAUGAAGAGUUUGCCGCAAGAAGAAUACUGGUACUUCUUCAAGGCACUUGCCUUUGGAAGCAUGGAUCCUGAUGAGUACCCAAAACUGGCAUCUCUGGGAAUGCAGUUGGCUACUCAGCUAAACGGAUCUUUUCUUGGUGCAAAUAUAAUUGGUGGGGUAUUAAGAGCUAAUCCUGAUACUAAAUUUUGGUGCAGCAUGUUACUGAGGAUAAGAGAACUAGUUCGCAAGCAUGGCUCCUUCGGCAUACACCCUGAGGACCUUUUCGAGAGAAAUAUCCCUAUCAACUUCACCAAGUUGUCCUAUGUGGGGGCUAAGGUUCAAGGAUGUUGGGCUUACGAUUAGUUUACAGAGGGAGUAGUCGAGAAGUGAGGCUAUCUACAUGAAGUUUGGUACGAACACAUAAAUCCCACUCGACAACGUCAAAUACAUUCGAUGAGAUCAUGGCGGACGUCACUCCUGACAAGAGUCAAGUCUAGCCAUACUCCUGAUAAUAAUUUGUUGAGCUCGCCGGAGCUGGAGGGGGAAGAGAAGGCUGAGGUUGCAUAUGAGACAGGAGGAAGCAACAGCGCAAGGCGUCAGUUUCAGGCUCUUGAUGCGCUUCCUGGGACUCUAGGAUCAACAGCUCCAGUCGUAUCUCCGUAGUGGCCAUAAGUUUACGGGCCCGCACCAUCUCGUUGUACACGCACAUACAGGACCGCUUCAGAAGUUUUCCGUCGUAGAGUGAUCCAUCAUUCCUCAACUUACAGAGCUCUUCUUCUGAGAAUUCCUGAAAAUAAACAACCAUGGGCGUAUUUACUGAAGGAAAAGGGCGAAGUACUUCUUUUCUUGAGUCCUGACAACUUAGUGAAUGCGAAGUUUACAUCAGGGAGAUGCUAAGAACAAUUUUACAAAAUAUUGUACUUGGUCUAUGAUUUACCAGUUCGGGAUAUGCUUCAUCAUCGUCGUCGUCAUCAUCGUCAUCAUCAUCGUCAUGAGGGAAGAUUAAAAUCUUCAAAGCUGUCGCAAUUUUCAUCACGCUCCAUCCCUCACACUGAAUGCCGGACACCUCUUGGA